UUUGGUCGAGCACAUUCCACAUCUAGCAGAAAUUUCAACAAAAUUUUGAAGGCUUUAAACACAAUUGCACCUGAUAUGAUGGUCAAACCUGGACCUACAGUGCCAAGCAAAAUAAGAGAAAGUACAAGAUUUUAUCCUUAUUUUAAGGAUUGUAUUGGAGCUAUUGAUGGCACACACAUACUAGCUAUGAUAUCAGGGCAUGACAUGAACAACUAUCGUAAUCGUCAUGGAACAAUAUCACAAAAUGUAUUGGCAGCUUGCAAUUUUGAUUUGGAAUUCAUUUACAUCCUUAGUGGAUGGGAAGGUUCAGCUCAUGAUUCCAAACUACUAAAUGAUGCAUUAGUAAGAAGAAAUGGACUUAAAAUACCAAAGAGGUAA